GUUGGGGCGCUGGGGCCGGGCCUCGAGGAGCGCCAGAGUGCGCUCUCGCUGGCUGACAGCCUAUCUCGGGAGCCAGAGGAGGCCCCGGGCUGUGUCCUGCCUGGUGGUGCUGGGGUUUCGCAUCCUGGACAGCUUCCCCAGACAGUGUUUGGAAUUCAGGGAAGGAAGAAAGUACGUGCGCCCCCAUUUAACCCUCGGGACCUGGCGAAAUCCUGCUACGUGGGUAGUGAACAUUGUAUCGGGGACUGAAGGAAAUGCUUGUAAAGAGUGUUAGUCUGGAGCCAUACUUUCCCUGCCCUGUUCAAGCUCCCUGGACUGUCGGAAGCGGAGUUGUUUGUAAAGGCAAAUGCAGACGCCUCCUCCUCCUGUCACUUCGGGACAAGUUAACAAUCUUCAGAUUCGUUAUUAAAGCAGCGUGUACCCUAUGUGAUCUAUCAGGUUCGGCUUUAGAGUGUGGUGAAGGGUACUUUUCAUGGUGCAUGGAAGGAAAGCCAAUGCGCAGGUGUACCAACAUUCGACCAGGAGAGACUGGAAUGGAUGUAACAAGCCGCUGCACCCUUGGAGACCCCAACAAACUGCCAGAAGGGGUUCCCCAACCUGCCCGCAUGCCCUAUAUCUCAGACAAGCACCCUCGACAAACCUUGGAAGUGAUUAACCUUCUGAGAAAGCACCGGGAGCUAUGUGAUGUGGUGCUAGUUGUGGGCGCCAAGAAGAUAUAUGCCCAUCGAGUCAUUUUGUCAGCCUGUAGUCCCUACUUCCGAGCUAUGUUUACAGGAGAAUUGGCAGAGAGCCGUCAGACAGAAGUAGUGAUCCGAGACAUUGAUGAGAGGGCUAUGGAAUUACUGAUUGACUUUGCGUAUACCUCCCAGAUAACAGUAGAAGAGGGCAAUGUUCAGACUCUUCUGCCAGCUGCUUGCCUCCUCCAGCUGGCAGAAAUACAGGAAGCCUGCUGUGAAUUCUUAAAGAGACAAUUAGAUCCUUCUAACUGCCUGGGCAUUCGGGCUUUUGCUGACACACAUUCAUGUCGUGAGUUGCUAAGGAUAGCAGACAAGUUCACCCAACAUAACUUUCAAGAGGUAAUGGAGAGUGAAGAGUUCAUGUUGCUUCCAGCCAAUCAACUCAUUGAUAUAAUAUCCAGUGAUGAGCUAAACGUUCGCAGUGAAGAACAAGUGUUCAAUGCAGUGAUGGCCUGGGUCAAAUACAGUAUUCAGGAAAGACGUCCUCAAUUACCCCAGGUGCUGCAGCAUGUUCGUUUGCCUUUGCUUAGUCCCAAGUUCCUGGUCGGCACAGUAGGCUCUGAUCCCCUCAUCAAAAGUGAUGAAGAAUGCAGAGACUUGGUAGAUGAGGCUAAAAACUACCUCCUAUUGCCGCAAGAACGACCGCUAAUGCAAGGACCAAGGACGAGACCACGGAAACCUAUCCGAUGUGGGGAAGUACUCUUUGCAGUUGGUGGUUGGUGCAGUGGAGAUGCCAUUUCCAGUGUUGAACGAUAUGAUCCACAGACCAAUGAAUGGAGAAUGGUGGCUUCAAUGAGCAAAAGGAGAUGCGGAGUUGGGGUCAGUGUUCUUGAUGAUCUGUUAUAUGCAGUAGGAGGCCAUGAUGGAUCCUCUUAUCUCAAUAGUGUUGAAAGGUAUGACCCCAAAACAAACCAGUGGAGCAGUGAUGUGGCCCCUACAAGCACCUGCAGGACAAGUGUUGGUGUAGCAGUACUUGGAGGCUUUCUCUACGCUGUGGGUGGCCAGGAUGGUGUGUCUUGCCUCAACAUUGUUGAGAGGUAUGAUCCGAAGGAGAACAAGUGGACUCGGGUAGCUUCUAUGAGUACCAGAAGACUAGGUGUGGCUGUGGCUGUGUUAGGAGGGUUCUUAUAUGCUGUAGGUGGCUCUGACGGGACAUCUCCUCUCAACACAGUGGAACGUUACAAUCCUCAGGAAAACAGAUGGCACACUAUAGCCCCUAUGGGGACCCGGAGGAAACACCUAGGCUGUGCAGUAUAUCAGGACAUGAUCUAUGCUGUAGGAGGUAGAGAUGACACUACAGAGCUGAGCAGUGCUGAGAGAUACAACCCCAGAACCAACCAGUGGUCUCCAGUGGUGGCCAUGACAUCACGCCGUAGUGGAGUUGGCCUGGCAGUGGUCAAUGGACAGCUCAUGGCAGUAGGAGGUUUUGAUGGCACAACAUACUUGAAGACCAUAGAAGUUUUUGAUCCUGAUGCCAAUACAUGGAGGUUAUAUGGCGGGAUGAAUUACCGUCGGCUAGGGGGUGGCGUAGGAGUUAUUAAAAUGACACAUUGUGAAUCCCAUAUUUGGUGAACACAGAGAAGACAGUCUUGUAUAUAUUCCUCUGUAUUCUGGGGAGCUUUGACCUUGGAGCUUUGUACAGCUUGAGAAAACAUUAGAACAAAUUUUAUUAUUUGCCGGUGCCUCAACAAGUGGAAACACAAUCCAAUGAAAGUACUUCACCUGCAAGAUGCACAAUAAUUUUCAACUCUGUGCAGAAGAAUAUUUAUUUUUGGUUUUAAUUUAUCAUGGUUUUUUGUUGUUUUCGUUUUGAACUUAUCCUUCCUCCCACAAAAAAAGAAAAGAAGAAAAAAUUCCAAGCAGCAAAACUUACUUUGUUUGUAAGGUAUUCAUUUAGGUUUGAAAAUACUAUUUAAUAAGGGCAGAAGGGCUAUAUAUGAUUUGGCUAUUAUUUCUAGACACUCCAUCCACAUGAUUCCACUAACAAGGAUUACCAGGAAUAAAGGUAGGUAUGCAAAAUGUAUUAGCUAGCCAUUAUUCUCACACUAACCACCAGAAGACUUGAAAAUCUUAAAAAAACAAAAAAACAAGAAAA